UAGUUGGGUGAAGUUUGCAGAGAUGAAAAUGGCUCGCAAGUUUUGAAGCAAAGCCAGAAAAAAAGCUUCAUUUCCAAGCUUAAGGCUAUCCCCAAAUUAGCAUAAAAUACCAUCUUAGCAGGAAUGUCAGAACCAGAUUAGUGGGCUCUCGACAACUCUUGUUUUUCUUUCUCUGUCCUUACUUGCCAACCCUUGUUUUUAUACUCUUAUAUAUAUGUAUAUUAAUUUUACAUCUCGUUGCUUCUCGGACACUCUUGUCUUUCUUCUCCACCAGUUUGAGAGCCACAGCCUGUGCUCCAAUUGACUAAGCGUUUUGCAGAGCCAGAGGCAAACUCUUUCCCUCUGUCUUCUUGCCCACCCCAGGAAUAUGACUUGUCUCUGUAGGCCUGUUGAUCUUUCUCUAUAUUUCUGAUUCAAUUUCCAAUAAAGGGUCUCUGGAUUUGAGGCGGGUUUGGGUUUUCUUUAUCUGGGUCAUGGAUGUCCCUUGUGAUCUUGAAGUGGAUGUCAAUGGCGAAGCGGUUUUCAUUGUGGACAAGGUCGGACCCCUUUGCAUGAGUUCUCCCUUCAACAAUUUAUUACCUAUAACGACCUCUCACCAUUCUUUUGCAGGAAUUUGAAUAAGUAAAUUAUUGGGUAAAUACUCCGGCGUGGUGAAGAAUUUAAAGGUGAUAUUCCAUGACUUCCCUGGAGGGGCAGGGAGUUUUGAGCUCGUGGCAAGGUUCUGCUACAACAAUGGCAAAAUUGAGAUAAGUCCUUCUAAUCUUUCUCUCUUGCACAGCAUUGCACAUUUCAUGGAAAUGAACAAACCUGUUUCUGGAACCCUAAAUUUACUUGAGCAAGCCGAGAAAUCGCUUGAAGAGAUCAGGUAUUGGACAUGGUCUGAGCUUUUGCUAGCUCUGAAGCAGUGCCAAGAUUUGCUUCCUGUUUCGAACUCUUCGGGCAUACUUCAAAAGUGCUUGGAUUCUUUGGUUGGAAGGCUUGUGUUGGCUGGUGAAACUAGUCCAUGCCCGUCUACUUCUUCGCCUGAUAGCUCAGGGAUUCGGUUUUCUUCUGAUACUAGAAGCACCGAGAGCUUGAAAAGUAGCUCCUUUCGAGCAACGUGGUGGUUUGAAGAUCUUGCGGCUUUGAAUCUAGAUUUGGUUGAAAUGGUGACAAAAUUGAUGCUUUCCCGGAGAUUUGAUCAUGCUAUCAUAAGCAGGUUCCUCUUCUAUUACCAGAAAUCCAGGUUUGUUCUCGCUACAUCGGAUGAGAAGCAGAAAAUAACCGAGACUAUAGUGAGGCAGCUCCAUUCUCUGGAUCGAAGUGUUAUCUCUUGCAAGAGUUUAUUCGGGACUCUCAGAGUCUCCCCACAUCUCAACAUCAGCAAAUGCUGCAGAAACAAGUUAGAGAGCAUGAUCGGUUCACUGUUAGAUCAAGCAACCCUGGACAAUCUGCUUAUCCCAUCUCCCAGUGGAUCGAACCAUCAAUACGACGUGAAUUUGGUUCUGAGGUUCUUGAAGUCAUUCCUUGACAAAGGAAUAUGCAGGGUACCUUUUAUUCAAUUGAAGAAAGUUGCUACCUUGAUGGACUUGUAUAUAACAGAAGUAGCACCGGAUCCUUAUUUGAAGCCAUCGAAAUUUAUCGCUUUGGUUAAGGCCCUGCCAGAUUCUGCCAGAGACUCUUACGACAGUAUAUACCACUCCGUGGACAUGUAUCUACAGGUCCAUGCCGGAUUAUCUGAUGAGGAAAAGAUACACAUAUGUUGUGGACUGAAUUAUGAGAAACUCUCAUCAGAAGCUUGCAUCCACCUUGCCCAAAACAAGAGAUUUCCAUCCAAAUCGGCCGUCCAAGCUCUCAUCUCUCAGCAUAGCAAGCUCAAGAACUUGCUCCAAGAGACCAACCAAACAAAUCCCUCCAUCGAGUCGCCCUGCAGUUUCCCCGACACUGAUACCAAGGAUAAGAAAGACGAGGCCUGUGACCAAAUUGUGCUUUAUGCAGGAAGGCUCGACAUUUCGGCUGAAAAUGAGAAGCUCAGAGCUCACCUGCAAGGAAUGCAAUGGAGGGUGCUUGAGUUGGAGAAAGUUUGCAAGAAAAUGCAAACCCAAAUGACCAAAAUCAUGAAAUCAAGACUGUCAAGCCAAAAUAGUGCUAGAUCUUUACCCAGGCUAUGUUCAUGACAGACUAUAAUUUAUCUUCAUUUACUUAGCUUACUAUUAUAUUCAUAGUUAUUUUCCCUAAAUGUGUACAUAGAGCAUGAGAAGUGAGGAUUUGGUGAUUGUAGAACAGUUAUUUCCUUUUGUCUUUUCUGAAUGCACAGGAGGGAUUGAGACUUGAGAGGAGAAAGAAUGUUUGACACA